UGGCAAGGGUGUGUGUGCAUGAGCAAAGCCUCUCUUGUUCACGACACGCGCGUUAUUCGCACUCUCCACCAUUGAAGGUGGAACGUAACUUUUCUCUUUCCCGAGGAGACAUCUGAACAACUGGGAAUAUAUAUUCUGUCUCAAACAUCUAAGGUGUUCGAAAAUCAUGUCAGCCUCGGCGGCGAAAGUCGGUAGAAAGGAGAACUCGAAUCAUGAUGGAGCGGACGAGACCUCCGAAAAAGAGCAACAGGAAGCUAUUGAACACAUUGACGAAGUACAGAAUGAAAUUGACAGAUUGAACGAACAGGCCAGUGAGGAGAUUUUAAAAGUAGAGCAGAAGUACAACAAAUUACGCCAGCCAUUCUUCCAGAAGCGGUCAGAACUCAUAGCAAAAAUCCCCAACUUCUGGGUCACAACAUUUGUUAACCAUCCACAAGUUUCAGCCCUUCUUGGUGAGGAGGAUGAGGAGGCACUUCAUUACCUUACCAGGGUGGAGGUGACUGAGUUUGAGGACAUCAAGUCGGGUUACAGAAUAGAUUUUUACUUCGAUGAGAACCCGUACUUUGAGAACAAAAUUCUCUCCAAAGAGUUUCACUUGAAUGAAAGUGGGGACCCAUCUUCAAAGUCAACUGAAAUCAAAUGGAAGGCUGGAAAGGACUUGACGAAGCGUGCCAGCCAAACGCCAAACAAAGCGGGUAAGAAGAGGCAACACGAAGAACCAGAGAGCUUCUUUACCUGGUUCACAGAUCACUCCGACGCAGGGGCAGACGAACUAGGAGAGGUCGUCAAGGAUGACAUCUGGCCCAACCCGUUACAGUAUUACCUGGUCCCUGACAUGGAUGACGAGGAAGGGGAAGGCGACGACGAUGAUGACGACGAGGAGGGCUUGGAAGACAUCGAUGAGGAAGGAGAUGAGGAUGAAGGCGAGGAAGAUGAUGAAGAGGAUGGAGAGGAUGACGGCGAGGAUGAUUAAGGUUGAAAGGAACAUUCCAACCUACACCUUUCCCUGUUCUAUCCUUUCAAUCAUCCUUCAACCCUUGGGAGCAAGAAUAUUUGUUUUCAUUUUAUUUUUGUAUUUUGUGCUCUCCUGUUCUACAAGUGUCCGCCUGUCCAUACCAUGUCUAUAGAUGCGUUAAUUUCCAGGCCAUGCCCACAUCAGAAAGCUAGUGGCAAUCUCUGUCAUAACUACUACACGUGUCUCCGAAGACAAAUAAAAUAAAAGUACUGGCAUUCUGCACGUCGUCAUAUAGACAAAUAAUUUCUAAUAGCAAUUUAUAUAUGUAUGAUAUAUAAAUAAGGUUUCUGUUAAAGUUGUGAGUUGAAUAAAGAGGAGUCAUGGUGCAGUGAUAAUAGCAUCUCUAGACACUUUUUUAAAAAUAUAUAUACAUUUUCUUUAAUGCAGCGUUUGGGGGGCCUCCUGGAGUUGACAGCUUUUUUGUUUCGUCAUGUGUUGUACUAAUGGAAAGCAUCAGCUUCUUCCUGUCAACUGUUGUAAAUGUUUUGGGGUCGAUAUCUUGGUAUGACAGUUAUUGUAGACAGUUAAAUGGGGUUUGGUGGGUCGAGUGGGCAUUUGACACAUUUGGGUUUGUUGAUUGACUUUUCAUUGUAAUGUUUUACAGACACCCAUGCGGUUUGAAAAAUUAAAUUUUUAAUAAAAACAAAACAAAAUUUCCUCUUGUAAUUUUGAGCUUGGCUAAUUAACAGGUUAUUUAUAGAGAAAAUAAAGACCAUGUAUAAUCUCAUAUGGAAUCUACACUGGUGUUCUUCUCCACCUUUUCUACUGGAAAACUGUUCAUGUUAACAUUUAAGUGUACCAAUUGCUUUGUAACUAUAAAUAAAUGUAAUACAUUCA